UCAAUUUGUGCAUGGAAUUUAAUAAUUUUGAAACCCAAUUCAUUAUUGAUCUUAUUCGAGCUGUUAAUCAUCCUUUAUCAUGCCGACCCACAACACAAAUUGGGUUGGCAAACUCUAAUAUUACCCAAUUUAGGGAUUUCAAUCAAAACCCACAAAUAUUUCUGGGUUUUCCACCAAACCCAGAUGUGAUUUUGAUGAUGGAAAUCGAAAUAUCAAUGUCCCUGCUUCAGGUGAUGGUAAAUGAGGGUUUAGUGCCUUGUGGAGAAGAGGAAAUGAGGAGGAGAGAUGCUAUUGACAAGCUCAAAAAGAUAGUAGUGGAAUGGGUUAAAACGGUGACUUACCAACGAGGUCUUCCAAAAAAGUACCUUAAGUUUGCCUCUGGAACAAUAUUGACAUAUGGAUCGUAUGGUCUAGGAGUUUAUAAUUCAGAGUCAGAUAUUGAUGCUUUGUGUGUUGGUCCUUACUUUGCCACUAUAGCUGAAGACUUUUUCAUCGUUCUGCAUAACAUGCUUGCAAGCAGUCCCGAAGUAUCAGAAAUCCACUGUGUCAAGGAUGCAAAAGUUCCUCUGAUGCGAUUCAAAUUUGAUGGGAUAUCCAUUGAUCUUCCCUAUGCACGACUCAAAGUAAUAUCUAUCCCCGAGAAUGUGGACGUAUUUAAUCCAUUCUUCCUUAAGAAUAUUGACGACACAAGCUGGAAAAGUUUGUCUGGUGUGCGUGCCAAUAGGAGCAUUCUUCAUCUUGUGCCAAACAUAGAGGUAUUCCAAGCAGUGCUGCGUUGCAUCAAAUUAUGGGCUAAAAGACGUGGAGUUUAUGCAAAUUUGCUUGGAUUCUUCGGAGGAAUUCACUUGGCCGUGCUUUCAGCAUUUAUUUGCCAAAGGCAUCCAAGUGCCAGCUUAAGCGCACUCAUUUUACUUCUGUUCAAGACAUUUGCUUUGUGGCCUUGGCCAACUCCCGUAAUUCUGCAAGACCAAAUAGCUAGGCCAUUCAUCCCGACUCAUGAUAAGGUUUCGUGGAUGCCAAUCCAGUUACCAUGUAGCCCGUAUGAAUUUUGUCAUUCCAACAUUACCCGAAGCACAUUCUAUAAAAUCAGGACAGAGUUCCUAAGAGGACAUAUGUUGACUAAGGAUAUGUUAAGCCCAGAUUUUGAUUGGAAUAUCCUUUUUGAGCCUUUUCCUUAUGCAAGAAAAUAUGGAUUAUUCGUUAAAAUUUUCCUUUCCGCUUGUGACAAAGAUGAGUUAGGAGACUGGGUAGGUUGGGUCAAGUCACGUUUUCGCAGCUUACUGGUCAAGUUGGAGGAGUUAUUGGGUUUUUGUGACCCGAAUCCAACUGAAUAUGUUGACACAGAUGCAUCAGAGCCUAAUGUCAUCUUUUACUGGGGAUUACCAACUGGUAGAGCUGAUCUAAUAAACGCUGAACUCGUGGAAGAAUACUUUCUGAAGAGCAUCGAUCACGGAUUGAAUCAAGUCUCAACUGGAACGAUGAAGUUAUCGAUUGUGAAAGCAUAUCAGUUGCCUAAAAAAGGUGAUCAGCUUACUGCUCUCGAACGAAAGAACUCUAAGACAUGCUGGAGGGUUGUUGAUGGCAAUCGAAAAAAAACUCCUCCACAGCCUAAGUAUAAACCUCAUUGUGCUGAAUCUGCUGGUGAUUACAUGCCUACAAACGAAAAUCCUGAGUUCCCUAGUGCUGGGGGAUAGGCUGUUGUGCUACUCGGAGAUAUUAGAGCGGGAUCCACCAUUUGGGAAAUACUGAGUCGAAGCAAUAACAAGAAUAUUUCUAGUAAAUACAGAGUUGACACUUGAACAUAUUUGUUGAUCACACACAUAUAGAGAACAUGAAGAAACUUUGUACAUUUGCAUUGUAUUGUAUUAAUUUUGCAACUUUUGAUCC